AUGGCGUGGAGACUGCUGAAAAAGCGGGCCCAGGAUGCUGUGGUCAUCCUGGGGGGCGGAGGACUUCUCUUCACUUCCUACCUGACGGCCAUGGGGGAUGAACAUUUCUAUGCUGAACAUUUGAUGCCAGCUCUGCAGAGGCUGCUGGACCCGGAGUCAGCCCACAGGCUGGCCAUUCAUUUCACCUCCCUGGGGCUCCUUCCUCGUGCCACAUUUCAAGACUCUGACAUGCUGGAAGUGAGAGUCCUGGGCCAUAAAUUCCGAAAUCCAGUUGGAAUUGCUGCAGGAUUUGAUAAGCAUGGGGAAGCUGUGGAUGGACUUUACAAGAUGGGCUUUGGUUUUGUAGAGAUUGGCAGUGUUACUCCAAAACCUCAGGAAGGAAACCCCAGACCCAGAGUCUUCCGCCUCCCAGAGGACCAAGCUGUCAUUAACAGAUAUGGAUUUAACAGUCACGGACUCUCGGUGGUGGAACACAGGUUGCGGGCCAGACAGGAGAAGCAGGCCAGGCUCACAGAAGGGGGGCUACCACUGGGAAUAAACCUGGGGAAGAAUAAGACCUCCGUGGACGCUGCUGCGGACUACGUGGAGGGGGUUCGAGUCCUGGGUCCCUUGGCCGACUACCUGGUAGUGAACGUGUCCAGUCCGAACACCACUGGGCUACGGAGCCUUCAGGGAAAGGCUGAGCUGCGCCACCUGCUGACCAAGGUGCUGCAGGAGAGGGACGCCCUGCAGGGAGCGCGCAAACCGGCUGUGCUGGUGAAGAUCGCACCUGACCUCACAGUCCAGGACAAGGAGGAUAUUGCCAGUGUGGUGAGAGAGUUGGGCAUCGAUGGACUGAUCAUCACGAACACCACAGUGAGCCGCCCUGCCGGCCUCCAGGGUGCCCUGCGCUCUGAAACAGGAGGGCUGAGUGGGAAGCCCCUCCGGGAUUUAUCAACUCAGACCAUCCGGGAGAUGUAUGCACUCACCAAAGGCAGAGUCCCCAUCAUUGGGGUUGGCGGUGUCAGCAGUGGGCAGGAUGCCCUGGAGAAGAUCCGGGCGGGGGCCUCCCUCGUGCAGCUGUACACGGCCCUCACCUACAGGGGGCCGCCCGUGGUGGGCAGGGUCAAGCGGGAGCUGGAGGCCCUUUUGAAGGAACAGGGCUUUACGAGAAUCACAGAUGCCAUUGGAGCAGACCAUCGGAGGUGAGGAUGUUUUCAAUA